AUGAGGAGGAGGGCAGAGAUGGGCGGCCACACCAGCUUCACGCCCCCUGUGGAUGGAGACGCAGGUUCAGGGGCUGUCUCAGGGCCCUGCACAGAGUGCCAGCUGCCCAUGGCCCUAGUGGAAGGAGCUCCAGGGCCUGGGAAGAGGGUGAGGUGGCGACAGGAGGAGGAGGUGUCGCUGCCAGGGUUCUCACCCAAGCUGGCAGAGGGCUCGGACUGGGUGCAGACCCUGCUGCUGCUCCGAGCUGCGGGUGCUGCCACAGGCCCUGUGAGUCGCAUCUGGGCCAUCACCGAAGGCUUCCUGUACGAGGGGACCUUUGAGCUGAGCCUUGAAGGACGGGUGGAAUUUCCACGACGGUCCAGGCUGGCGUUUCGGGUGGACCAGUGGAUUCUUCCAGAAGGCAGUUUUAGCGCGAACUCCGCGGCGCGCGGGGACUUGCCACACCGUGGGGGCCGCCAGCCCUCGGCUACCGCUUCGAAUUUGCCGAGUAUUAGCCACGAGGGGGCGGGGGGCGCCUUGGUGCCCGCUCCGCCAGGCCGCUUCCUCGGAGCCUACGCCUACCCGCCCCGGCCCCAGGCCGCCGGCUUCCCCGGGGUGGGCGAGCCCUUCCCGCCGACGGCGAGCGCCGAGGGCUACCAACCUGGAGACGGCUACGUGGCCCCGGACCCGCGCUCGGUUCUCUACCCGGGGCCGCGCGAGGACUACGCGCUGCCGGCGGGGCUGGAGGUGUCCGGGAAGCUGAGAGUCGCGCUCAACAACCACCUGUUGUGGUCCAAGUUUAAUCAGCACCAGACGGAGAUGAUCAUCACCAAGCAGGGACGGCGGAUGUUCCCAUUCUUGUCAUUUACUGUGGCGGGGCUGGAGCCCACCAGCCAUUACCGGAUGUUCGUGGACGUGGUCUUGGUGGACCAGCACCACUGGCGGUAUCAGAGUGGCAAAUGGGUGCAGUGUGGAAAGGCUGAGGGCAACAUGCCAGGGAACCGCCUGUAUGUCCACCCAGAUUCCCCCAAUACUGGAGCCCAUUGGAUGCGCCAGGAAGUUUCAUUCGGGAAAUUGAAGCUCACGAACAACAAAGGGGCCUCUAACAAUGUGACCCAGAUGAUCGUGCUCCAGUCACUCCAUAAGUACCAGCCUCGGCUGCACAUUGUUGAGGUGAAUGAGGCGGAGCCGGAGGCGGCCUGCAACGCCUCCAACACGCAUAUCUUCACCUUCCAAGAGACGCAGUUCAUUGCCGUGACCGCCUACCAGAACGCAGAGAUCACUCAGCUGAAAAUUGAUAAUAACCCUUUUGCCAAAGGAUUCCGGGAGAACUUUGAGUCCAUGUAUGCGUCUGUUGACACCAGCGUCCCUUCCCCACCUGGACCCAACUGUCAGUUGCUUGGGGGAGACCACUACUCUCCUCUCCUACCCAACCAGUAUCCCGUUCCCAGCCGCUUCUACUCCGACCUUCCCGGGCAAGCCAAGGAUGUGGUUUCCCAGCCUUACUGGCUGGGGGCCCCGAGGGACCACAGCUACGAGGCUGAGUUUCGAGCAGUCAGCAUGAAGCCUGCAUUCCUGCCCUCCGCCCCUGGACCCACCAUGUCCUACUACCGAGGCCAAGAGGUGCUGACGCCCGGAGCUGGCUGGCCUGUGGCCCCCCAGUACCCUCCCAAGAUGGGCACAGGCAGCUGGUUCCGCCCCAUGCGGACUCUGCCCAUGGAACCUGGUCCCGGAGCUUCAGAGGGACGGGGCCCGGAGGACCAGGGCUCCCCCUCGGUGUGGACUGAGAUCAUCCCCCUGCGGCCAGAGUCCAGUGACUCAGGACUGGGUGAAGGAGACUCUAAGAGGAGGCGCGUGUCCCCCUAUCCUUCCAGUGGCGAUAGCUCAUCCCCUGCUGGGGCGCCGUCUCCUUUUGACAAGGAAACCGAAGGCCAGUUUUAUAGCUAUUUUCCCAACUGAGCAGAUGACAUGGCGACAGGCAGAGAAGCAGUGUCACCAGGCUGGAGGACACCCACUAAUGCAGACAACAGACUCGGGACUGAGAGGCCCCAGCUCCCUCUGUCCCUUCUCCUUUUGUCAUUGGGCGAAGAAGAGGGGGUCCCGGGGUUCACUGGCUGCUUCCGGCCCACGAUGAAACCUGAGAGGAGUGUCCCCUGCCCCUUCCUCUGCCCUGACUACGGUCAUCUCCCUGGUGCUGCUCUGGCUGUGGGUGCCCCGCUGGAGAACAGAAAACGGAGAACAAGAAGGUCCUGGACACAAAGGAGCUUCCUCUCUUCUGUGGG